AUUCCACUACACGCUACGCUAACUACAAUGAUCAAGGUACAGAGAAACGGAUGUACAUUCUGCAACUGUGUCCAGGGACUGCUGGACGGGAAAGCGGCGAUCCAGUCACAGGAGCGUCGCAUUGAUCAGGGUCUCCCGGUCAGGGACGGGGACAGACCUGUGCCAUUGACCAAGUCAGAAAAAAAUCACUUGAUUCGGUUGCACUCAACGGUGCCAGUUCAAGUGAAAAACGUCCUUUUAAAUGUGUUCGUCCAAUUUGAGAGGCGCAAGGAUAGAAGCAUGGAUUUCAUCUGCGUUUGCAGAAAGCCAUUCCUGACAAGAGACAGUCUGAGCAAGCAUUACAAGUGGGUCUGCGCCCAUUCCAACAUCCCGACCAACGUUCCAGGGCUUCAACUUAUUGACAGCGCUCAAGUUCUCCCUGAUGAUUUGGAGAUCGUCAAUGCCCCAGGCACAUCUGGAAGAGUGGUUGGUGCAACUAUCCAAGAGUUCAUGCGGGGCUUGGGCAUUGCAAAUACUCAACAACAAUAUGCACAGCACAUGCAAAUCAUGGCGCUUCAAGAGGAACAGCGCACGCUGAUUACGGCCAUAGAACAACGGAUCCUGAGCUCUAUUGCCCAGAUUGCAGCAGGUCAAGGGCAGGGGCAAGCUGUGCAAGCCGCUUCUGCUUCUGCUUCUGACACCGGACCUUCCAGUCCGGUUUCUACAAAUAGAAAAAGAACGCGCUCUGACGCCCCUCACUUUGGAACAUUCAGGUCCCCCAGUUGUAUGUCUCCAACUGAAAAUAAGUAAAACAAAAAUGGCAGUUUGGUGGAGCAAGUGCAGGUCAGUAUAAAAAUUGGGCAGAUGUAGAGACGGGAAAGCGCAUGGUCUCGCCUCACUUAUCAUUUUCCAUGACAGUGAAAGCGAGGUAACUCCCUACGCGUCGGCAUGCUUGCAAACGAUUGGAGUAUCUGGGGUGUCGAAGGAUCUAGGGUGAAAAGGGUAUUUUGUU